UAUUUAAAAUUAAAACCUGACAUACAUUAUUAAUGUAAGUUUUAAAUAAGGACGACACCCAAAACCAUGUCUUUUCUUGAUAUGAAAUGAGCGUGUUGCGAACAAUCAUUCAUGUUAAAAAAUGGGCUCUACGGAUCUGAGUGAGAGUUGACUUAAUGGUCUUCUCCAUGUUUGUGUUUCUUGGAAUGUCACAAGUGGUGGCCUGAAAAUUUUACCCAAUGAGUCUAUUCAAUUGGGUGAUUCUGAUUUGCCUCUUUUGUUCAUCUUUAGGUCUUCAAACCCCAAACCAGAGUUGCCAUCCAUCUGAUUUACACGCCUUGAGGCAAUUUGCUGGCAACUUGACCAAAGGGUCCAUUCUCUCCACAUGGUCUGGUGCAGUUAAUUGCUGCAUAUGGGAUGGUGUUGGAUGUGAAGGUGAAGGCAUGAGAGUGAUCAGUUUGAGUUUAUCUGGGAAAGGAUUGCAAGGGGCAAUUUCCCUUUCCCUAGAAAACUUGGAUAACUUAAGGUUUCUUGAUCUCUCCCACAAUCAUCUUCAAGGUGAGUUUCCCUUGGACUUGUCAAAAUUGAAGCAGCUGAGAGUUCUUGAUUUGAGCCACAACUCCUUUAAUGGGUCAGUGCUUGGGGCACUCAAUGGGCUACAAUCACUCCACGCACUCAACCUAUCCAGCAAUUUGUUCACUGGAGACUUUGCUGAUUUCGGUGGGUUUCAGAAUCUUGUUGUGCUCAAUGUAAGCAACAAUUCAUUUUCGGGUGCUCUGGGCUCUCGCCGCUUUUGCAGCAUCUCUAAGAAGCUUAGAAUCUUGGAUUUCUCUAGAAACAGUUUCGAAGGAGGGCUUGAUGUUUUGAUUGAGUGCGGCUUCCCCCUCUUGGAGCUGAAUUUGGAUUCCAAUCUUCUCUCAGGACAACUUCCUGACUCUUUGUACUUAAUCUCAUCAUUGGAGAGCCUUUCACUCUCUGCCAAUUACUUCUCUGGUCAGUUAAGCGCAAAUCUCAGUAAGCUUUCCAAUCUCAAGUCUCUGAUUUUAUCUAGGAACCACUUUUCGGGUGUUCUUCCUGACGUGUUUGGGAAUUUUACCCAAUUAGAAGUUUUGGAUGCAAAUUCCAAUAAGUUCUCAGGGCUAUUGCCAUAUACUCUGGCACUUUGCUCUACCCUACAAGUACUUGAUCUUAGGAACAAUUCUUUGUUUGGCCCCAUUGAUAUUGAUUUCACCAGAUUGUCCAAUCUCACUGCUCUUGAUCUUGCAAGCAACAAAUUUUCCGGUCCUCUUCCUAGGUCUCUCUCAAGUUGCAAGCAAUUGCAAAUUUUAAGUCUUGCCAAGAACAUGUUAAGGAGUUCAAUCCCUGAGAGUUACGCUAACCUCUCGUCUCUUGUGUUCCUCACAUUAUCAAAUAACAGUUUCGAAAAUCUUUCGGGUGCUUUACUUGUUCUGCAGCAUUGUCAGAAGCUUUCCACCCUUAUCCUCACCAGAAACUUCCAUGGUGAAGAAAUUCCCAAGAAUGUGAUCGGAUUUGAGAACCUGAUGACUUUUGCUAUAGGGAACUGUCACCUGCGCGGUCAAAUCCCUGCAUGGUUAUCCAAUUGCACCAAAUUGCAAGUCCUUGACUUGUCUUGGAAUCAGUUGGAUGGGAGCAUUCCUUUUUGGAUUGGCAAAAUGGAAAAUUUGUUUUACAUUGAUUUUUCAAACAAUUCGCUCACGGGUGAAAUCCCAAGGAGUUUGACAGAGCUAAAGAGCCUCACUUCUUCUGUUAGCUAUUUAUUCAGUCUCAAUGCUUCAAGUGGCAUUCCAUUGUUCAUAAAGCGAAACCAGAGCGGGAAUGGUUUGCAAUACAACCAAGCAUCAAGCUUUCCUCAAGCGAUCUAUCUGAGCAAUAACAGAAUAAGUGGGACGAUUCCGCCAGAUAUUGGACAACUGAGACAACUCCAUGUCUUAGAUUUGAGCAGGAACAACAUAUCUGGGACUAUUCCCGGCUCCAUCUCAAAUAUGCUGAAUCUGGAGGUUUUAGAUUUAUCUAACAAUGAACUCUACGGGUCCAUUCCACCUUCACUGGACAGGCUUACUUUCCUCUCAAAGUUCAGUGUUGCUAACAAUCACUUGCUGGGUGCAAUUCCUACUGGAGGUCAGUUUUUUAGCUUUCCCAGCUCAAGCUUUGGGGGGAACCCCGGGCUUUGUGGAAAGAUUGUUUAUCCCUGUGCUGCCAAUGGUGGACCCCUUCAACCAGCUCCUCUCCCCUCCUAUUCAAAUAACAGGCUGGGCCGAAGCGGUAUUAUUGAAAUUACAAUUAGUGUAACAAUUGGUUUUGUAAUUCUUCUUUCCCUUGUGCUGCUAAGGCUGUCUAGAAGAAAUAGCAGUGACCAAAUUGAAGAGUCAGAGGAGGAGGUGGGCAUAUCAUCCAGAUUGUCUGAUGCAUUUUGCCCAUCCAAUCUUGUUCUUUUCAAGAACUCAUAUUGCAAUGACAUCACAGUGGCAGACUUGCUAAGAUCAACAAACGACUUCAGCCAGUCGAACAUUAUUGGCUGUGGAGGAUUUGGUCUUGUCUACAAAGUUGAUUUGCCCAAUGGCAGCAAAGUGGCAAUCAAGAAGCUUUCUGGGGAUUCUUGCCAGUUGGAACGCGAAUUCCAUGCUGAAGUGGAAGCCCUGUCAAGAGCUCAGCAUGAAAACCUUGUCGCCCUUCAAGGAUAUUGCAGUUACGGGAGUGAUAGGCUGCUGAUAUACUCUUACAUGGAGAAUGGAAGUUUGGAUUAUUGGUUACAUGAGAGGGUGGAUGGUAGUCCAAGCUUAAUGUGGAACACUAGACUUAAGAUUGCAUUAGGGGCUGCUCGGGGACUGUCCUAUUUGCACAAGGAGCCAAACAUAAUUCACCGUGACAUUAAAACCAGCAACAUUCUUCUGGAUGAAAGAUUCGAUGCCCAUCUAGCUGAUUUUGGGCUUGCAAGGCUGUUGUGCCCCUACGAUACCCACGUCACAACUGAUCUAGUUGGAACGCUGGGGUACAUUCCUCCAGAAUAUAGUCAAACAUUGACAGCGACUUUUAGGGGUGAUGUUUAUAGCUAUGGUGUUGUUCUCCUUGAGCUUAUUACUGGUAAGCGACCUGUGGAAGUAUGCAAAGGAAAGAAUUGCAGAAACUUGGUGCCAUUGGUGUUUCAGAUGAAAUCCGAGAGGCGGGAGGAGGAAAUAUUUGAUCCAUCUAUAUUGCAUAAAGACAAUGAGAAGCAACUUUUGGAGGUGCUAAGUAUAGCAUGUAAAUGUGUAGAUCAGGAACCAAGGCAGAGACCCACCAUUUUUGAAGUUGUUUCAUGGCUUGAAGCAAUUGAGCCUGGGAAAGCCAACUGAUGAAAAAGCUUUAAGGAUCCGUUUGGUAAUGAUUAAUGAAUUUGGCUUUAUUUA